AGAGAAUCGUGAUGCGCUUUUCAUUUGUAACUUCUAAUUACUAGCUAAUCGUGAUAGAAGCAUCUAUAUAUUCCACAUCGAUAAAGGAAUCCCUCAAACGUGUCCUUAUAGCUGCCCCGGGGUUGAAAUUCAAUCUCUGGAGAGAGGUCCUUCAGAUCCAAGCUUUUACAGGACCGUGGAAUAUCGAUUCUUAUCGGACGGGACUGAUAAUUUUUUAGUGGACUUCUCUUUUCCCUUGGGUUUAUCUACUAGAUGACGUCGGUGCCUCCAUUACUUUCUCGGGACGAUCUGCUCAGUCCAAUUCAAAGGAAGAUACUUGACUGAAAGAUACAUACAAACCACAACACUGGGGCUCAAAAAUAACUCCCUUGACCCCAAGAAUUUGGCACUCUCCCAUUGACGACGACCAUGUCGAAUGCUACAAAGAAGGAUGUACCCAUCGACCUCAACAUCCCCGACAACUACGUCCAGCACACUCUGACGACGACGAAACCGCUGCCUCCAAUCUCUCUUUCCAAUGUUCUCAAUGAAAUCAACUGGCUCCCUUUCACCGUUAUGACCACUACCCCAAUAAUGGGAGUUAUCGGCGCUUAUUACACCAAGCUGAGAUGGGAGACUGCUAUCUGGGCUAUUGUGUAUUAUUACAUCACCGGUCUUGGUAUCACGGCAGGGUACCAUCGUCUCUGGUCUCACAGAUCGUAUAACGCCGCAAUCCCACUGCAAUAUAUACUUGCCAUUGCAGGAACUGGUUCCGUAGAGGGCUCGAUCAAGUGGUGGACUCGAGGUCACCGUGCGCACCACCGAUACACAGACACAGAUCUCGAUCCUUACAAUGCUCACCGGGCUCAUUCUACUCACACAUUGGCUGGAUGCUCGUCAAGCCUCGAAGGAAGCCUGUUGUCGCAGACGUCAGCACUAUUUUACCCUCUUUUGACGAUGGGGUUCCUCUUUCCUCCCUUGGUCGCGUGGUUGGGCUGGGGCGACGCGAAGGGCGGGUUCGUCUAUGAUGGUGUUCUGCGACUAGUCUUCGUGCAUCACUCGACUUUCUGCGUCAAUUCUCUCGCUCAUUGGCUCGGGGAGACUCCUUUCGAUAACAAGCCUACGCCAACGGACCAUAUGAUCACAGCUUUCGCUACCAUCGGUGAGGGAUAUCAUAACUUCCACCACCAAUUCCCGAUGGACUACAGGAACGCGAUCAAGUGGUACCAGUACGAUCCCACGAAAUGGUUCAUUUGGUCGAUGCAGAAGAUUGGACUUGCGAGUCAUUUGAAAGUUUUCCCUGAGAAUGAAGUUCGCAAGGGUCAACUGACAAUGCAACUCAAGCGUCUUCGGGAGACCCAGGAAUCGCUUACUUGGCCCAUGAACAGUGAUGACCUACCUGUUAUUUCGUUCAAGAGCUUCCAGGAUCAGUCACUGAAGCGUCCCCUCAUCCUCAUUUCAGGUUUCAUUCAUGACGUUUCCACGUUCAUGGAUGAGCACCCCGGUGGAGCUCAUCUCCUUGUCAAGUUCAUCGGCAAGGAUGCUACCACAGCCUUCUUCGGUGGUGUGUACGAUCACUCAAACGGAGCUCAUAACAGUCUCGCUAUGAAGCGUAUAGGUAUACUUCACGGUGGACAUCCUCAUAUCUUGGACAUCGCCAAACGGAUCCCGCCUAGUCAACAGUUGAAAAUUGCGCGCUACAAUGAACUGAGCUCCAACUAUGCUAGCAGCACCGCCUGGAGUGAUGAAGAGGGGUCGGCGGAAGGUACCCCUGUCAAGAAGCUUUCGUUGUUAUAAGAGAAGGUUCUCGUUACUGAACCCUUUCCCCCAUGCCGUCCUUGUUUCCAGAUAUUAAACUGAUUCGAUGUCAUAAAUGUUGUAUUUCAAUUGUGCCCGUCUGCAAUCUUAACGAUAGUAUGUUCCAUGCACUAUUUCUCCUGCCUUAUCUGGAGAACAACAACAG